UUUUCACACAAUUUUUAUAUCAUUUUCAAGGAGUUGGUUGGAUUGUAUUUUUUAUUUUAUGUAAACAAAAGUUAAAUUUCGAUAAAAUACGUUUGAUUUUCGUUAAUAAUAUUUUUAGAUUAAACGCCAGGGUGUUUGUAAUUAGUUUUCGCGAGGCGUGAACGGUAGUUGACUUGAUUGUAUUUGUAAUUUGUAUAAUGUAUACCCGAUUUUGCAAGGUACACCGAUUAGGCUCGAUCUGCUCUCGUUUGAAUAGGGGAUUUUAAAACAAAGUAAAACUGAGACAAUGCAGAGACGUCCAAAGCCAGGUGAAACGGAGGAAGAUUUACUGGAGUUUCAGAAACAGUUUCUUGCCCAGAAAACGACACCAUCGGUUAGUGUGAUUAGCAAGAAACCAGGGGAGAAGAGAACUAUUGAGAAACAAGAUGAUCAUACAGAACCAAGAGAUGUUGUUCAGAUGGAUGCUCUGCCAACAACAUUACCAGCAUCUGACCAUGUACCACCAACAAAGAAGUCAAGAUUUAAAGCUGCACAGGAACAAAAAGCAAAACUAAAGCAGGCUCGUACACAGCCGCCUGCUAGUCAUGAUAUUGAUAAACAUGAUAGAAGCACAGGCACAGUACUGGCCAAAAUAAUUGAGAGAGAUACCCACAAUGCUCGGUACAGUUUGCCAGGCCAUGUGACCUUACCAUUCCCUGCACUUUCACAAGUUGACAAUACAAGUGUACAAGCUGAUGCAUCAACAAAGAAGAAAAAGAGUUUGUUUGCACAGCAGGUGGCUUCAGCACCAGAAAAGUUUGGCAUUGUGUCAGAUGAACCUCCCUCUGUCUUGCAAAUGGAUACUAAAGAGUCAAACACAGAUGAAGAAAUGCCCAGUAUCAUAGAUGGUAGUGGUCUUAGUGCUACAUUUGGUAAAACUGAAGCACACAAGAUACAUGAAGAAAACCUAAAUUGUCUUUCACAAAUGUCUGAAGAGGAAGUUCUAGAAGAGCAGAGAAAACUGAUGCAGACUCUUGACCCUAAACUUGUUGCUUUCCUGAAGGCUAAAAAGGUAGCAAGUGAUGGACAAACUGAACAUAAACAUGAGCCUGAAAGAGACAGUGUCUGGAAACCAGAUAAUAAACAAACUCCAGGCAAAUCAAGUCAAGAUACAGAAGUACCAGUGCCAGUUGAAGUUAAAAAGGAUUGGGUUCAUAUGGAUGAUGUAGAAUAUGACAAACUAGAGUGGAUGAAAGAUUUACCUGCACCAUCAGCUGAUAGUACAAAGACAGGUCAGCAAGCCAGAUUUGAUUUCCAUGGUAACCUGGUACAUGAUGAUGCUGAUAUACCAGUCAAUGUUGGUCUACAUCACCAUGGAGAUGAACCAGAGAGAGCAGGCUAUACACUGGAGGAACUAUUUACACUAGCUAGAAGUACCAACAACCAGCAAAGAGUUCUUGCCUUGAACACUCUCAGUAAAGUCAUCAAGCAGGCAAAAGAAGGUAAUCUGGAGAAAAUGGUGCAGACGCCUAUUUUACCUGGUAUUAUUGAUGCCGGUGUAAUAUUUCUAUUACGCUGGUCUCUAGAUGAUAGUGUAGAAUCUGUUGUGGCAGCAGCAGUGGUAGCACUCAAUUCUCUACUGGUCAACCAUGCUGAUGAGCUUGCACAGGGAAAAGUGUUUCACUGGUAUCAAGGUCACAGAGUGGCUUGCCAAGCUCCUGCUAAACCAGAAGAUGUUGGAAUCAAGCUGCCAGGAGAAUCAGAGGAAAAACCUGAGGAGACAGAUGCUGACCUUGCCAAACAGGAUCUCAUCCUGGCAUUAGGAAGUAGGAUGAAUCUGAUACAGCGACUCACUUACAUUCUGAGGAGUGUAAGACCACAGGCUCCUGUAGUGAUUGCAGUCCUGCAGCUUCUCGCAAGGCUUUGUAGACACUCUAAACAACUUGCAUACCAGGUUUUCAAUUACAAAGGACUGUUAGAACUAGUUAUUAAAGAGUUUCUGCCAAUCACAUGGGACAUGAAAGGUGUACAAGAACCAGUGAGCAAUGUGUAUGGGGUACCACUGAAGGAGGCAAUGAGGCUGAUCUGUACACUGUGUCAGGCAGGGAAAAAUAUGGCAACUGUGCUGUUGUCAAGAUUCCAGAUAGAAGAGAGGCUGCAGAGGUUUCUGUUGACAGAUACAAAAAGUUCAGGAUUACCAGGACCAGAAGCCCAUGGUCUACAGAUGGAAUGUCUAAAUACAUGGAAGGUUUGUCUGACAUAUGGACUGGCUGAUGGUAUUUACAUUGAGUACUAUUCUCUGAUAAUAGAACAGUUUAGGCAUUAUGAUGGUGUCUUAGAUCGACCUAGAGAAGAUCAAGACAGAGUUGCUGCUCUUGUAUCCUGUCUAGAGACAGCGGUAUGUGUCGCUACUUCCCAGAGAAAAACACAAACUUUUAAACACAGUCAAGAUGGAGAUAGUAGAGAAGUUGAAAUGUCAGAGGAUGUUGCCAUGGCAACUAUAAAUUGGACACAUGUUGCAGAUCUCAUCCAGCCUAUCAGAAUCAUGCUACGAUCUAUGCUCAGUGACCUGGCAAACAGUUUUCAGAUUAAGAAACAAAGUCUACAGGUACCAAUAGCCUGCCUGAAUUUCAUCACAACAUACUAUGUACACUGUCAAACACAGUUACAUGGAGCAGAUAUAGUGAACAGUUUACAAGAAAUGGAGCAGAUUUACACAGAUUGUAUCCAGCACUGGAACUCUAUAGGAUUUUCUUCAAUAUUAUCUCUACUGAGCAUGAAGUCCAACUUCCUACAAUGCAAGGAAAAAUGUUUUGAAGAGUGCAGUUGUCUACCUGAAUGUGGUAACUCUUCAAUGCAGGAAGAUCAGUUUGUGCCAGUUGUGAGUUCUCAGUCACCAUGUGGAUUUUUGACAGCUUGGUAUAGAAUGGUUUACAGUUUCUCAAAGGUACAUAGAGGGCUACAGUCUGCAAAACAGCAGUCUGCAGGCGAAGCUUCCCUUGUAUCACCGCUGGUUGUGUUACAGUCUCCUGAUUUAUGGUCAUAUCUACGCAAGGUUGCCAAGGGAACAUCACAUCAUCAGAACUGUUUCACAAGAUUGGAAACACUCCUCCUUUACUUUGUUGUAAAGUUGGCAACUAUAAUGUCAUCAGCAGACAAUGGUGUGGACAUGACAGUGGUUCAUCAAGUAUCUCUGAGGUUACUUACAUCUAUACAGUAUGGAGAUGAAUAUCUUAUACAUGACCUACUUUCUACACUCAUUUUCAGUCCAGUAUACUUCAGGUUGGAGUCUACUGAAGCAACGACAGUCAAACUAGGGGAGAUGACUCUGUCUGCGCCUAUACAUCUCCAUACAGCUACUGCUGAACAGAUUGCAGUUGUGUCAGAGCAGUUACUGAAUGAGGCACAACAAAAUCUCAACAGUAUUAGGGCCUGUUAUCUAGCAGCAUUCAGCCAUAGUGAGCAACAGGUCAUGGCUUCAAGGAGUCAUUAUGUAGGUGACACAGUGGCUACAGAUGGUUGUUUCACCUCUAACAUAGGAGAGUCAGUGAUGCCAAAGGACUGGAUGUUUCUUCCUCUUAUAGAACUCUAUAAUAAAUACAGCACAGUUGGUGCAGAAGUCCAGAACAUUUUGUCAAGCUCUCAGUUGGACUCUGUCCGUAAUGUUUUACGCUGGAUAUACCUGAUGGAGUCCUGUCGGACAUAUUUGUUAGAGGGUGUUUCAGUCACACUGAAGCUGUCUAGAAUCAUGUGUGCAUUUCUUACAGGCAAUGACAUGUUCCUGGAUCGUACAGUACACUGUUUUCUAGCUGGGCUACUGAGGGUGUACACCAAACCAGCUAUCUUGAACAAAAUGGACUUCUCAGAGCAUAUCCCAGGGUUACCAUCUUUCUAUGACUUAUACGUAUCAUUACUGCUGCAGUACGAGGCUGUAUCAUUUGGUGAUUCUUUGUUUGCCUGUUAUAUCCUGAUAGCCCUGCAACAGAGACAUAGUGUGCUAUAUAGGAAGGCUAUCUGGACAGAAUAUGCUGGAAUAUUGAGGACAUUGGCUCUCCCACUCAAUGAGUUGUUAUUACCAGUACAGCUGUACUUAGAGCCAGAGGAGACAAAUGUAGAGCUAAUACGACUGUACUACCAGAGUCUGUAUGGCGGUACCCUGCGACCAUGCUGGUGCCCAGUACUGUACCUUGUUGCUGUACACCAUGUUAACAGAUUCAUGUAUACUCAAGACAGAACACAUACUAAACUCAAGUGCUCCAUGAUGUCACAGAUUCUUAAAUCAAAUAAUGAGGUCUUGGAAAAGCAUUUAAAAAUGUACAAGCAGGCUGAUGUAACAAAAGAUUUUGGAAUGGAACUUUAUGAGACAUUGCCAGCAAUAAGACGGACAUUUAUUGAUUCAUUAAAAAUAUCAUAAAAUUCUUUGAAAUGUAACUAUGCAACACUGAAUAAACAUGUUUUAAAUAUAAUCAAGGAUCAAGAAAGAUGUUUGAAUAUGGAAUGAAGUUAUUCUAGUGCCAUUGGACUAUUUACAGACCAUCUUCUAGCAGUUGAUCAUACUAUUGCAGAAUUGUUGUAAACUUUGUUUGUUAUAAACAUAUUUUUAGUUUGACUUCUUGGAGAAUCUAAGAAUAAAACUAACAGGAGUG